ACAAACAGUACCAGCCGACAAUGGAGGGUUCCUUAUCAAACUUGGCCUCAUUGAGAGAAAAGGUCUCAAAUGCCUUGUCGAAGAAGGAUGAAGCCAGUAAAAAUAACAGCAAGAGCAAAAAAAAUCCGAAAAGUAAUUCCAAAAACAACAAAGAACCAUCCGAUAAGCCUGCUAAAAAACAUGUGGAAAAUAAAACCCCCAAUGAUGAUGAUGAGCAGGAAAUUUUACGUCGUGAAGCUUUGAAUUUAGGUGCAACUGAAGAUGACUUGAAACUUGUGAAUGAUCUGGAUGUCCAGGACGAGAGUGAACAAGAAUUUGAUGACAAUGAUUCCAAGAAUACCCCCAACAAAGAAUUGACCAAGGAACUUUCUGAAUUUAUGAAAAAUAUCGGAUUUAAAAGUCACAAGGCUGAAGAUUUAGAGGUUUCAGACGAAGAAGAUACUGACGCAGCGGAUGGUGAAGCUGAAGAAGAGGAAGACAAGUUUGAAGAGGAAGAAGCAAGAGUAGAACACGACUCUGACGAAGAAGAAGCAGAUGCGAUUUCUGAGAAUGAAGAAGAAGAAGAAGAAGAAGAGGAAAAUAACUUGGCAAAUUCUGCUCAAGACAAAAACGAAACUGAUAAAACGGCAACGCAAUCCAAAUCGUCUGAUAAAAUUUUGAAUCUUCAAUCAGUGAUUUCUGACAGACUUGCUGUGGAGUCAAGAAGUGACUGGUACAACAUUUCACAAAAUCUCGAGCAUGUUGUAGCAGACAGGUCCAUGAAACAAAGUGAUGUUGAGGAACUUUAUGAAAAGGCCAAGAGAUUAAUUGAGGCAGAAAACCAAGUUUAUGAUGAAGAAUUCAACAAAUCGUCAUCACAAAAGCGUUUCUUGUCUCAGAUUUUGACAGGUGGUACUUUAUCGGAUAAAAUCUCUGCACUUACUUUAUUGGUCCAAGAAGCACCAUUACACAAUUUGAGAGCACUUGACAACUUAUUCAAUAUGUGCCAGAAAAAAUCGAGAACUGCUGCUUUACAAUGUGUUGAUGCUCUUGUGGAUUUGUUGGUCAAUACUAUCCUCCCCCCUAACAGAAAACUAAAAACCUUUAAGAAGCAACCAUUGAGCAAAAGUUUAUCAGAUUCUCAGUUGAUUCUGAUGUAUUUUGAGGACCACUUGAAAACUAUGUACUUUCAGUUCAUUUCUUUACUGGAGAAACUCUCUCAUGACUCUAUCUUGUACGUAAGAAUGAAAAUUGUUAGUCACAUUUUUUCACUUCUAAAAGCAAAGCCAGAACAAGAAGCUAAUUUGCUCAGAUUGGGUGUUAACAAGUUAGGUGAUAUCGACAAUAAAGUUUCCUCUAAAACUUCAUAUCAGAUUCUACUAUUAGAGCAAGAGCAUCCUGCGAUGAAGCAGGUUGUUUGUGAAUCCGUUAUUGACGUUGUUUUUAGAUCAAAUAAUGACCACCAUGCUCUUUACUACUCCGUUAACACCCUCAAUCAAACCAUUCUGACUAGACAAGAUGAAACUUUAGCAAACAAGCUAGUUGACGCUUAUUUUGCACUCUUUGAAAAGUUAUUGAUAAAAACUGAUGACGAAAAUGUGGGAGCUUUCAAAGAGUCCGAGCAUCAAAAGGAAGGAAGGAGAAAGAAAAACGUGAAGAGAGGUCGGAAGGGAGGAAAGUCAGUGAAAAAAGUAAAGGACGAUAAUGAAAUUCUUGAAGAGAAGAACUCCAAGAUGUUUGCUGCAAUAUUAACUGGGCUAAACCGUGCAUUCCCUUUUUCAAAUUUCCCAACUAACAUUUUUGAAAACCAUUUAAACAUACUUUACAAAAUAACACACAGUCUCAAUUUUAACACUUCGGUGCAAGCCUUGAUUUUGAUCCAAACAAUCACGAACAAGUUUUCAGAUGACACACAUAAAGAUAGAUACUUUAGAACACUUUAUGAGUCAUUGUGGGAUGAGAGACUUUUGAAUUCAUCCAAGCAAGGUAUUUAUUUGAACUUAUUGUUUAAAUCAUUGAAGGAUGAUGAAAACAUUGAGCGGGUUUUGGCAUUUGUCAAAAGAAUCUCGCAAGUGUGUCUCAAUUGGUUGAACAUUGGUACAAUUUCGGGUAUGAUUUUCCUUCUGAUUCAACUCGAAAGAGAGAUUCCGCAAGUUAGAAAUCUGUUUUUGAAUACUCCUAUGGAUGAUGAAAUCAAUGAAACACUCCAACAAGAAGAAUCUCUAGAUGAAGUUGUUAGUGAAAACAAAGAAGUGAGGAUAUAUGAUCCCAGAAAAAGAGAUCCAAAGUUUGUCAAUGCCGAUAAAUCUUCAAUUUGGGAGAUUGGGUUUUUUUUAAAGCAUUACCAUCCAACAAUCCAAAUGUAUGCGGAAAACUUUUUGAAGUUUGAUGAACUUUCUAAGGCGGAAAGGAGGACAAUCAAUAAACCUGAUUUGGGAUUAUACUCUCUUUCACAUUUCCUUGACAGAUUUGUCUAUAAGAGACCAAAGAGCAAAGCAAAUCUCAAGGGUUCUUCCAUCAUGCAACCUUUAGGUGGUGCACACACAGGUAAUUUAUUGGUUCGUGCUACAGGUGUCGAAAGCAGUGAUAUCCCUGCGAACACUGAGGAUUGGCUCUCUAAGAAAGCUAGUCAAAUAAAACCUGAAGAUGACUUCUUUUAUCAAUACUUCAGCACCAAGCAAGAGAAAGUCAUGAGUUCGAAGUUUGACAAAGCACUUGAUCAGAAAGCUAAAAACGGAGACGAGGAUGAAGAUUCCGAAUUGGAUGACGAUGCUGUUUGGAAUGCUUUAGUUGCCAGUAAUCCAAACGUGGAAGGAGAAGAUGAUGAUUUGGAUGAUGAGUUAUCAGACUUAAACAUGUCAGACUUUUCUGAGGCUGAAGACGAAGAAGAGGAGGGAGAACUUGAUUUAGAAGGAGGAGACGAAGAGGGAAAUAGUGAUGAAGACGAAGAAGCCGAAGAAGAAGAGGGUCUUGUAAGGUUGAGGACCAUUGGCGACUUAGACGACGAAGAAGAGGUCGAAGAUGAGAGCAACGAUGAAAAUUCCGGAGCUAAGGAAGAAAGCGAUUCAUCUGAUGGCGAAGAUAUAAAAAUGCUACUUGAAGACGAUGCUGAGGAAGAUCUAUAUAGCAGUGAAGACGACAGUGUUGAACCGAAGCCAGCACUUACAAAUGCCAAAAAGUCGAAGAAAAGAAGCAAUCUGCCUGAAGAUGGAAAAAAGAACAAGAAAAUUAAGAUAUCUUCUUUGCCUACUUUUGCUUCUGCUGAAGAUUAUGCUGAGUAUUUACAAUCCUCUGAUGACGAAUGAGUAUUCCUUUCUCCCAUCUCCUACUCGAUAAAUUGUGUAAUACUUGUAUAAAGAAAUACGAACGUUGUCCAUUUUAUGUCGCUCC